AAUUAUGCACUUUCGCUUUUUGUUCUGGCGUUUCCUAUGUGGUGGAUCAAUAAUCAGCAAGAAAUAUGUUUUGACCGCCGCUCACUGCUUCGACAAACGUUUAGAAGACUUGACUGUCACAGUUGGAAAUGUGGCUUACAAAUAUGGAGCACAACAUAAGAUAAUAAAGAUCAUGAGGCACGAAAACUAUAGCCGAGAGCGUCUAACAAAUGACAUUGCAAUCCUCGAGGUGAACCCUCCUUUCACUUUCAAUGCGGACAAGAAACCCGCUGUUCUGCCUAAAAAAUACGAAGUGACACCAGCCGGAUCCUCGGGAACCAUAGUUGGAUGGGGCUGGACCGAGUCUUCAUAUGACGACGGUCUGCGAAAGGCUCAGGUUCGAAUCUGGAAUCAACUUGUGUGCAAAUUAGCUUACAUAAACAUUAUCAUCCCAAGCCACAUUUGCGCUGGGGGCAAUGAUGUAUACGUCAGCACUUGUUAUGGCGACAGCGGUGGACCUUUGUUUGUCGACGGCAUCUUGGUCGGGAUCACUUCAUUUGUGAGAGAAUGUGCAACUUACGACCCAAAUGUUUUUACCCGAGUCUCGUACUUCAGAGAAUGGAUCACACUUAUGACUAGCAUCUAAUUUUCAACGAUGACU